AUGUCGGAUCGAUAUCGUCGUCGCGACGACGAUCAGGAUCUCGCCUAUGGUAGAGACUACUCCGACAGUCGCGCUUAUAACGAUCAGCCUGGCGCUCAUGGAAAUCCAGACCGGGGCAUUAUAGGUGAUACAUUCAAGAAAUUCAAAUCAAAAUACGAUCAACACCAGCAAGGCCAAAGACCACCUCAAGAUUUCGGCUACGGCAGCAAUCCGAGUUCGAGCACUGUAGGUUCGCAGCAGUAUGGAGCCGGCUCAGGUUAUGCUGGUGGUCCUUACAAUCCUCAGUCUCAAGCUCAGCAAUACAGUCAAUCUGCCUAUCCCGGAGGCCCACCACCACAAAAACCUCAACAAAAGCCAGCUGUUACCGACAAAAUACUCGGUGGUCUAUUGGGCUCAGUCACUUCCAUUGGACAAGACAUAGGAAAGAUAGUCGGUGGAUCUCACAGCCAACGUCCACCUCAAGGUCAAGCACAUUAUGGUGAUCAGAGCGGUCUGCAGACCAACCUUCAAGCUCAGGUGCCGUCAAGGCCGACCAAAAAUCGUUACGACAGCACUUUCGCUGGGCCAAAGCCAGAAAACGAUGUCAAGUGGUAUGUAGAUGGAUGCAGCUAUAUGUGGGCUGUCAGUCAAGCUCUCGAGAACGCUCGCCAAACCAUCUGGAUCCUGGACUGGUGGCUGUCACCAGAAUUGUAUCUACGAAGACCUCCUGCCCGCAAUGAAGAAUGGCGUAUCGACAAAGUUCUGCAAAGAGCCGCAAAUCGUGGUGUUAAGGUGAACAUCAUCGUCUACAAGGAGGUCACGCAGGCACUUACCUUGAGCUCGUCGCACACCAAACAUGCUCUGGAGAAUCUCUCACCAAAUAUUGGAGUCUUUCGACACCCGGAUCAUCUCCCAGAUGCUCAAACUACUCAUUCGUCCUUGAUCUCUGGACUGCAAGGACUCAAACUUGACUUUGCCGGGUUGUCCAAGAUGGGUGCUGAUUCAUUGAAAGGACUCUACGGUCUUACUGAUGGCGUGAUCUUAUACUGGGCUCAUCACGAAAAGCUCUGCCUCGUAGAUGGCAGUGUUGCCUUUAUGGGUGGUCUAGACCUCUGUUACGGUCGUUGGGAUACCAAUACACAUCCUAUCGCAGAUGCUCAUCCGUCCGACCUCAACAAGAUCGUCUUUCCAGGCCAAGAUUUCAACAAUGCUCGGGUCUCCGAUUUUUCUGAGGUCAACCAUCCGUUCCAGAACAAACUUGAUCGAACCAAGAGUAGCAGAAUGGGCUGGUCAGAUAUAUCGAUAUCUCUUCGAGGUCCUUGUGUGGGCGAUCUUAUUCACCACUUCGUCGACCGUUGGAACUUCAUCUAUGACGAGAAGUACAACGUUCGAUCGGAUAAGCGUUACCAGAGAUUGCCCGACUACCCUCAUCAUCACAAAGACGAAGGCCCGGGAAUGGCAACUGGACCUCCUCAAGCUGGAGCGCCACCAAUCGAGAGUCUACCACAAGGAGGAGGGUACACCCAGCCACCGUGGCAAGGCUCCCUUCCUCAAGCCUCAAAGCCCCAACAACCUACAUAUGGCCGGCCAACUCAAGGCCAGCAGACUUAUCCACCUCCACCGCCAGGUCAACCACCAUCCUCAACACAACCGAUUUACAGUCAACAGUCCAGUAGCUAUCCCUAUAACCAGGCUAGCGGUCAGUACAGUAGUACCUCGCAAUCGUUUCCACCACCGCCUCCUGGUCCACCAACAAGUCAAUCACAAGGUCAGUAUGAUACCGGCUACAAUCAGCAAUCGAGCUACCAAUCUGCGAACAUCCCGCCGACGCAAUAUGGCUCCCACCAGGAGCAGUAUCAAACACGAACAAACUACGGUCAUGUACCUCAGCCUCCUGCUUCUGCGUUCGUCUCGGCGCCUCCAGGGUACGGUUCUCGACCUAACACUUCAUCUGGACUACCAGAAGCACAAGCUACCAGUCAACAACAUGCUCCGUACGCUGCACCUCAUGCCUAUGAGCAGCAAGGUCAACCCGGCUCCUCAGGACCAGCUGAGUUAGGCUCAUCCCAGUAUCGAAGGUACGAUGACCAGUCAUCUUCGAGAGGCUUUGAUGAUGAGCAGGGAUAUGGUUCAGCUAGCAGAGGUGAACGUGGUUUUGGGGAUGAGUCCUACGGGUACGAUGAGGGCAGAGAUCGUGGAUACGGUCGCAAACCUGGUAUCAGUCCAAGUCGUUUCGACCGCUACAAAGAUGAAGCCAAGAAGUUGGGCUUUGAUGUUGGUCGCUAUACGGACAAACUUGAAGAUCGACUAGAUGACAAGCUAGCUCAUCAUAGUAGUGGUCGGCUUGGUAGACCACACAGUGCUGGUGGUGGUAUGUCUUGUCAAUUAGUCCGAUCUUGCACCAAAUGGAGCAAUGGUACAAACACAGAACACUCUAUCCAGAACGCUUACAUCGAUCUGAUUCAGAAUUCGAAACAUUUUAUCUACAUUGAGAACCAGUUCUUCAUCACUGCGACUGGCGACAAACAGAAACCAGUCAAAAACAUGAUAGGCAAAGCACUAGUUGAGCGAAUUGUCCGAGCAGCUAGGGAGCGAACACCUUUCAAGAUCAUCGUCAACAUACCUUCUGUUCCCGCUUUCGCUGGUGACCUCCAAGAUGAUGCGUCCUUGGGAACUCGUGCGAUUAUGGAGUUCCAGUACAGCAGUAUCUGCCGUGGAGGUCACAGUAUUAUGGAGGAGGUGGCUAAAGCUGGAGUCAAUCCUAUGGAUUACAUUCGGUUCUACAAUUUGCGCAAUUAUGAUCGGAUCAAUGUUACUCCAGCCAUGCAGCAAGCUCAGCAGCAAGCCGGUAUCAGUUACGACGACGCCCGAAAACAGUAUGAAAGUCAGCUGGGUAGUGGUUAUGGCGGCUACGGCGAAAUCGCGGCACCAAAUGCUAUGCCAGGACAACCUGGACAAUCAGGAUUCGUUCCUCAGCAGGGAGCACAACAAGGUUAUUCAGCACCUCCACAAUCCUAUGGCAUGCCGCAUUCUUAUGGUGCGUCUCAGGGGCAAUAUGGCUCUACCAGAGGCCCCGAGUAUGGAGAACCUGGUACGCCAUAUGGUAGGCAGGUAGGACAGCAACAGUCUUAUGCUCAACAAGGACAAUACCAAUUCCCGCCACCGCCACAACAACCACAGCAAGGAGGAUACGGCUCACAACAGAUGCCACAGGGCUCUUAUCAAUAUCAGCAAUACGCUCAAGCUGCACCAACUGUACAAGCUGAUGACUGGGACUCGGUUGCGACCUGUUACAUGUUGGGUGGUCAGGACGUUCGCAACGUUCCAUGGUCAGGUCCGCCAGAGGCUGAACUCGACGCUUUUGUUUCGGAAGAACUUUACAUCCACUCAAAAGUCAUGAUUGUGGAUGAUCAGACUGUGGUAUGUGGAUCUGCCAACCUCAACGACCGAAGUAUGCUAGGCACACAUGACUCCGAGAUAGCACUCAUCAUCAAUGAUCCUGCACCCAUCCAGACAACGAUGGCUGGAAGACCUUGGCAAGCAAGUCGAUUUGCCACUUCAUUGCGACGACAAUUGUUCCGCAAGCAUUUGGGUCUUCUUCGCCCGCAAGACAUGCAGCGACCAGACGACAACUUCCUGCCUGUGGGUGUACCCAACGUGUAUGAUUGGGGCUCUCCUGAAGAUCAUAUUGUUUCCGAUCCACUGUCGGAUGCCUUCCAAAGUCUUUGGAACUCAAGAGCACGACAGAACACAGUAGCUUUCCGCAAGGCUUUCCGAGCUGUCCCCGAUGACGAGGUAAAUAGCUGGAAUGAGUACAAGGAAUUCUACGAGUACUAUUUUGCUCCGUCCGACCCACAGGCUGGUGCGAAAGAUCCAAAGAAGAAGCAAGCUCCAAGAGUAGAGUAUGGUCAUGUUGUGAGAAGCGAUUUUCCUGGUGGUGUGAGAGAGCUGAAAGAGCUUCUCAGCACUAUCAAGGGCACAUUGGUGGAGAUGCCGUUGUGCUUCCUGCAAAACGAAGAUAUCGCAAAGGAGGGUAUAUCUUUCAAUCAGUUGACUGCUGAAGUGUACACCUGA